CGUAAAUUUAAACAUGUCAGCCACCAUUUGAUUAAAACGGAUGCAAGAUAAAGUAAUUUACUAUGUAAGCAUUUAUAAAAUGCCAUUGAGUGAUGAAGACCAAAAGAGCACUGUAUCGGAGGAAAGAUCUGCUGAUUUCAAUCAUACUGAUUGGUAUGAUAUUUAUGGUCUAUCAGUUACUUUCAAUGAAUCAAUUGGGAGAAAAUUCACUUGAAAAACAAUUUAAGGAAGAUUCAAAAAGAAAGCAUCAAGAACAGAUUCUCGAAGAAUUAGAUAAAUCAAUAAAAUCUCUAAAUAUAAUCAUUGGUGUCUUACCUCAGAAUCAAAAAUUUUACCAGAAUACAUCAAACUACUUUAAAUGCCUUGAUGGCAAAAAUGAAAUUGUUUUUUCUCAAGUGAAUGAUGAUUAUUGUGAUUGUAAAGAUGCUUCUGAUGAACCAAGUACAGCUGCCUGUUCAAAUGGCCGCUUUUACUGCAGUUACCAAAAUAGAAAAAAUCCAGUAUUUAUUAAGUCUUCCCAGGUGAAUGAUGGUAUAUGUGAUUGCUGUGAUGGAAGUGACGAGUGGCUAAAUGCCUCCCUUCCAUCUCAUGUCUUAUUGCCAGAAAAAAUUCAAGUUGCUGUUGGAGUUGACCAAGUACCUUGUCAAAACCACUGCAAAAAGUAAUAUAAUUUGUGGAUAAGAAAUUUUGUUACAUAUGCUUUAUUACAGUCAUAAAUAUAUUGUACAUAAAUGUUUAAAUAAAAUUCUUUAUUUAAA